UAGCUGGGAGGUGUUUUUUUCUUAACAAUGCUAAUGUUUGACUAGAAAGAAGGAGGUCCAAGAAAGAUUUCGCUGUUUCUGGAUUACCACUGAAUCAAGCAGUGCAGUUCGCAGGGAUUCAUGCCACUUUGAGAAGUGAACAGAAUCUACAUUGUCUGAUUGGUGCUCUGAGCACAGCUUUAAACGGGCCAUGGAGGUGCUUGUGCUUCUAGGCUUUGAGGCUACGAUGCCAGAUGAAUUAACUGUGCAGGUAGGGGAUAUAGUGAAGAACGUCUCCAAAGCCAAAGAGGAAGGAUGGCUGGAGGGAGAUCUGAGAGGAAAGAGAGGCAUGUUCCCUGGCAACUUCGUCAAGGAAGUGCCUGUUUACUUAAUAGGGGACAGCAAUAGAGAGCCAAGAAGCAUUAGGAAAACGACGAAAACGACGGUCCAGACGAGGAAAUGCGAGGUGGUUUUUCCCUACAUUCCCACACAUGAGGACGAGCUGCAGCUGCUUGUCGGAGAGACCAUCGAGGUUCUCAGAGAGAUUGAAGAUGGGUGGUGGAUGGGAAAGAAAAAUAACCAAAUAGGAGCCUUUCCAUCAAAUUUUGUAAAGGAAAUUUUUGUCCCAUCAAAAGAUGAUGCCAAAGCCAGACCUAAACUCUCUGGUUCUGUCUUCGGUAAAGAGGGAAAACUACAACAGAGACCAAGUUUACGGAAAAAAACAUCAAACGUGAAAGAAUGCUGUCAGGUCAUGUUCGACUACACUGCUGUUGCCGAAGACGAGUUGAACCUGAAGAAAGGAGACGUCAUAACAGUUAUCAACAAGUCCACUGAGGAUGAUGGCUGGUGGGAGGGGGAAGUGAACGGACGCAGGGGCUUUUUUCCCGAUAACUUCGUCAUGCUGAUCCCAGCGGAGACUCUUCAAACUGGGAAUGUGGGCCAGGCACCGGUGAGAAGUGGCUCAAAGAAAGAUUCAGGAGACCAGAUGCCAGUGAUGGACCAGAACAGCUCUGAUACGAAACCAAAGACAGAGACUAAAAUUGACAAACCAGACAAUAAAGACUUCAGAAGUGACCCACCUGGUAAAAUCAAGUUGCCUGGUCUGCACAAACCACCCGUUCCACCUCCACCAGUGAAGGACAAGCUCAUAAAGAAGGAUCCAAAAAAUGCUGAAGAGCCACAACCUGUUUUACAGAAACAACCGUCGCCUCCUCCUCCAGUGCACAAAGAGGUAAAAGAUAUUAAGGAGGUUAAAGAUAAGACCCCUGACCAGUUUGAUGGUGUAGACGUGUCCUCAGAGAAACUGAGCCAUCCCACGGCCAACAGAGCCAAACCUCCACAGAGGAGACCACCAACAGCCCUCGCCACUGCUAUACAAGGUCCUGCUGAAACUGACUGCAGCAAACCUUCAGAGGAGAAGGAUGGAUUACCACAUAUUCCAGAGGCUACAGAUUCCCAGUCAGCGUCUUCCAAUAAGAUAGAGCCAGUGACUUCACCUGCUAAAACACAGACUGAUAGCAGAUCAGCGGUUCAGAAGGAUGAUGCAUCUCUGGCCUCAGUGCUGACUGAACUCAAGGAGCUCCGCAUGUCUCUUGAUCUGCUGAAAGCACAGCACGAGUGAGUAAAACCCCUUACACAACGCAGCCAUCACAUCACACAUGUCCUUCAUCACAGUCUCACUGUUUCCUGACCAGGAGAGACAUAAGGAGCUGAAAGAAGAACUGAAGACGAGACUGAGAAGCGCACCAGAUUACAGGAUGAAGUGACUGCUCUGAGGAAAAAGCAGUGACCCGCGAACAUCAGGAGAACUUCACAAUCUCAGUGCUCUUCUGAAUAUGGAUACAGAAAGACAGUAAUGCAGUGCUGAGUGGAAUGUGAAGGUAUGAGGAAUCGUAUGGAAAUCCAGCACUUGUGACUUAUUAAUUAUUGCUGGUUCAGCAGACCAGAAGUCUGAUCUCCAUUCAGACUGCAAUCAAGCUACAAAAACACCUCUUCGUUUCUCAUAUAAAUCAGCUCAUUUGGUUAUGGGAGCCCUCUCUCGGUUUGUUUCUUGAGACGCAUAUAUAUAUACAGUAUGUGCAUUUUGAAAUAUGUAAAUAUCAAAUACUGAAUGUCUUAUAUUUCCAUGGACAUUCAGGGUGAAACUAGGUCAUAUUUCAAAGUAUUUAACACUUUCUGUUGUUGUUAUUAUUAUGUUUCUGUUUUGUGGCUGUACUCUAUAGAAACUCAAUUAAUAAAUAUUGGCAUUUAUAUUGCUAAUGUUUUACUCCAAA